AUGAAUGCCUACAAACGUCGUAGGAAUCAGGCUCCCGAUUGGCAGUCUUAUUAUAAAAAUGGCGUUCCUCAAGAAGUCAUCGUGAUCGAGGAUUCUGCUUCUCCUCGUCUUUCUCCUGCCUUGCCUGCUUACCCCUCUCACCCAAUACAACGCUGCUUUGCUCCCGCUGCUCCUCCUUCUAUGUCUUCUCCAUCCAUGAAUGCUCCCCUUUUACAGCCUUAUCCUUUCCAAAAUCAUCUUCCCUCUGACUCCCGUUCUUCCCGUCCUCUUUCGAAUGCCUCUUCUCACCUUUCUCAUCCGUAUAAUCCUUGGCUAGAUUACAAUGCUGCCCUUCCACAUCCCUAUACUACGGCCGCUCCACAACCUCCUCCAGCCCCUUCAUCUGCCUUUCUUGUUUCCUCUUCCAACGCUAUCCCAUCUUAUCCUCAUCCUCCUUAUGUUCCGCUCUCUAAUAUGCCGCUUCGUCCCCCUGCGCAGCAUCAGGCACCUUCUGCUCCUCAACUUUUGAGGCCUCCUGUUUCUGCUGUCCAUUCCCCUGCUCCUCCUUCUGUUAACCAGCCUUUCCCCGUUUCUCCUUCGCAACCAGUAUUGCCCCGGAUUUCUUUAAAUUCGUCAAAUGCUUCCUACCCAAAAAUGCAGCUUCCUCCCGUGCAGCACCACCAUAAAGAAAAUCAAUAUGAUUUGCCCGCUUCCUACCCUUCAUUCUUUCCUUCUCAUGUCUCCCCCCAUCAAAACAAUGGUCAGAUCCUUCCUGCUAAUCCCGUAAAUCAAAAGCCUAAGGAGCAAGUCAAUUACUCUUCCAUUCCUAAUUCUGCUUCGACGGCACAGGCUGCCAUUCCUCUUUCUCCGACUUUAGCCGUCUGGUUACCCAUGACUCAAACUAAUUUUCAACCUCCUCCAACUUAUACCUAUCAGCCCUCUAAUGUUACAAACGAUUCUAUGGUCGUCCCUGAUCCUCCUCCGCCUGCAAAACCACCUCAGCCUAAAAAGCGGAAGCGUAAUACCAACUCAACGAAAAAAGUCAAUUGUGUCAAUGUUCCCUUAGUAGCUGAUAAGUUGAACCUAAAUUCUUCCGUUUAUGAUGAUGAUGAUGGUCAUUAUAAAGUAAUUCCAAAUACCAACUUUGCGGAAAGAUAUACGGUCAUUCGGCUAUUGGGUCAUGGUACUUUUGGGAAAGUAAUCCAGUGUUAUGACCAGGUUCAGGGUAGACAUGUUGCUAUUAAGGUAACUCGAGCAAUUCCAAAGUAUAGGGAGGCAAGUCUUAUUGAACUUCGUGUUCUUCAAACAAUCUCUCAAAAUGACCCUACAAACGAGAAUAAAUGUAUUGAGCUGAAAGACUAUUUUGAUUACCGGAAACAUAUCUGCAUCGUUACUGAUCUUUUUGGUUGGAGUGUUUUUGAUUUCCUAAAAAACAAUAAUUACAUACCGUUCUCAUUAUUUCAUAUUCAGUCUUUGGCCCAUCAACUAUUCAAGAGUGUGGCUUUUUUACAUGAAAUAGGUUUGGUACACACAGAUUUGAAACCGGAAAAUGUUUUGUUGGUUUCGAAUGCAUCUAAGAAUGUCCGUUUGCCAUAUCGGAAUUACUCUCAAAAGAUUCUUAAUAAUACCGAAAUUCGGUUGAUCGAUUUUGGCAGUGCUACUUUUGAGGAUGAAUAUCAUUCUAGCGUGGUAAGUACACGACAUUAUAGAGCACCUGAAAUUAUUCUUGGUGUAGGAUGGUCCUAUCCAUGUGAUAUUUGGAGUUUAGGCUGUAUUAUAGUUGAACUUUUUACUGGACAAGCUUUGUUUCAAACUCAUGAGGAUAAUGAGCAUUUGGCUAUGAUGGAAAAGGUUAUCGGUCCUUUCAGCUAUGACUCUAUUUCUAGGGGAAGUCGUUCAACACAAAAGUUUUUCAGGACAAACGGAUCCAUAAAGUACCCCAUGUCUAAUACACCAAAAAAAAGUAUUGCCUAUGUAGAGUCAUUACAAAGUUUGGAUCAGUUAUUUUCCAGUACUACCUCGUCAGGUAUAACUCUACUUUUGGAUCUUUUAAGGAAAAUAUUUGUUUAUGACCCCGCAAAACGGAUUACUGCAAAGGAGGCUCUGUGGCAUCCAUUUUUUAGUAAUGCUUUACCUCCUAAUUUUUAA